CACUUGGCUGACUUGCAAUGCGACAUCUAUCUGCCCUGCCGUCUACUAAGUUUUGAACCGUAGGUCAAUGAUCAAGUUAUUUAUCCCUGUCAGAUGGAUAACCUCAUUAUUCUCGACGUGUACAGUCCAGGGCAGUACGCAGAUUUGUAAAGCAUCAAUUGCAACGAUGUCUUUAUCCGAAGCCGUUUCUGCCAUUAAUGCAAGGUAUAUUGAGCUAUACAAGGUGGGUGAUAUGAAAACCCUCGCGACGGAGCUGUACCAUGAGGACUGUAAACUGAUGAUGAGCGGCUUUGAACCAAUAGUCGGUCAGAAAGGCGUGGUAGAAAGACUGGACGCAAUGCAGAGAACUGGUGCAUCGGAAUUAAAGUUGACUUCAGAAGAAAUUGAUGGGAUCGAGACAGACACAGCUUACUGUCGUGGAAGUUAUGUGUUUUAUAAAGAUGAUGGUUCAGAGAUGACCGUUGGCAAAUAUCUGUUAAUCUUGAAGAAGGUGGAUGGAAAAUAUCGUAUCUAUCUCGAUAUUGAUAACAGUAACAAUUGAGUACAAAUUUGAAAUCAAGUCGAAUUGAAUGGUGUCCUCUGAACCAACAGAUGUAAAAUAAACCAUUUGUACAAUAAAAAAA